AUGAAGGCGCCCGCGCCCCCACGGUGCACUUUCGCCCCCGCAUCGAUGUCUGCACGGCAAUCUGGCACCGCUCUGUUCGUGCACGUAUCUCUACCUGACGGCGCCGCGUCUGAUACUGACGUAUUGUGUAAUAACGGGAGGCGUGCAACUGACCAGUUCCACGACGAGUGGAAGAGGAGGACAGUGCGCCGCAGUGGGUCACCGGCGGCUGCCAAACGGGACGAGUGCGUUCCGGCAGGUGACCGCGGAGGCCGCGUGCUGGCCGUCGCCGGGGUCGAGGGCCCCGCAGAGGUGCGGCGCCACGCGUUGCAAACAAGCGAGAGCGGUCGGGGCGGGCGAGCGGGUGGUCCCUGGCCACCAGUAUCCGGGCCGCGCGGUGACAUCAGCGCCGGUCAGUCGGCAGUCGGCGGUCGGCGCGCGCGCAGCCGCGGACCAGCGCAGCACCGUACCACCGCGCUCGGCAUGGUGGGACUCCGGCACGCGGCCGACGCCUUCGCCCUCGCCGGCUGCAAGCCGGUGGGCGGACCGACGUUGGGGGGCGGAGGCGCUGGUGGCGGCGGCGGGGGCGGCGCGGCGCUGACGACACAGCCUCGCAGCGCGUCGCGGGCGCGCUGCGCCGGGGGCGGCGGCGGCGGCGGGGGCGGCGGGGGCGGCGGCAUGGACCUGAGCUACGUGACGGAGCGCAUCAUAGCGCUCUGGUUCCCCGCGGACGUCGGCCGCGCCCAGUUCCGGCAGGCGCAGCGCGAGGCUGCCCACAUGCUCCACACCAAGCACGGCGACAACUACAUGGUGUUCAACCUGUCCGAGCCGCGGCGCGCGCUGCGGCAGCACCACGAGAGGGUGAGCAACCUGGGCUGGGCGCCGGGGCUGGCGCCGCCCCUGGAGCGGCUGUGCGCCGUCUGCAAGGACAUCGACUCGUGGCUGGGCGGCGGGCCGCACCGCAUGGCCGUGCUCCACUCCAGGGGCGGCAAGGAGAGCGUGGCCGUGGUGCUGGCGGCCUACAUGCACUACUCCAACAUCUGCGGCAGCGCCGACCAGGCGCUCGACCGCUUCGCCAUGGCGCGCUUCCUGCAGGACAAGCUGGGAGACCUCGACCAGCCCUCACACCGCAGGUACGUGGAGUACUUCUCGGGGCUGCUGUCUGCCAGCAUCAGGAUCAACGCGGCGCCGCUCUACCUGACGCACGUCACCGUGCUGGGCGCGCCCUCCUUCCUGCCCGACGGCGGAUGCAGGGCAUUCCUCAAGGUGUACGAGGGCCUGGUGCCGGUGUACACGAGCGGCGUGCACGCGGUCAGCCCCACGGCGCGCCAGUUCACGGUGGGUCUGGCGGGGCGCGGCCUGCCGCUGCGGGGGGACGUCCUGCUGCGCUGCUACCACCGGCACCCCGCCCCCGCCGCCUCCCGGGAGCUCAUCUUCGCCUGCCAGUUCCACACCUGCGCCGUCGCCGACUACACGCUCUCCUUCACCAGGCACCAGCUCGACCACGCCUGCAACGACCUGAGGUUCCCGCUGGACGGCGCGGUGGAGCUGCACUUCUCGGCGACGCCCGAGGUGCGCCUGCCGUCGCCGGCGCCCACCCCCGCAGUGCCCGUCGACAACUCGGAGGACCCGGUGACGCGCUGGGACAGCUUCGAGAACGUCAGCCUGCUAGAGUCGCCCGUCGAGGACUCCGACAGCGACGCCGACGACGGACAAGGUGUGAACCACACGUACGGACCCCUGGACGGGUCGCUGUACGCGACCAUCAGCAAGAAGGAGCAGCAGCAACAGCAGCAGCUGCAGCUGCAGCAACAGCAGCUGCAGCAGCAGCAACAGCAGCUGCAGCAGGUGCACGUGCACCAGACGGGCCCGCCGCCGGCGCACCACCUGCACCAGCACGCCCACGCGCACCCCCACCAGCACCAGGUGGUGCACGCGCUGACGGUCGAGGAGGUGGAGGCGGUGGCCAGCCCGCACACCGUCUCCAUGGACUCGGGCAUCUCGUCGGCGGGCAACGGGCUGUCCAAGACGGCGUCGUCGUCGGCGCCCGCCACCGCCACCUCGUCGUGCCCGUCGGCCGAGGAGCAGCACCGCGCCUUGGACGCCCUGCUCACCGACAUGCUGCUCACCGUGCAGAGCAUACCCGACCUGCCGCCGCCGCCCAGGCCGUUCGCGGGUGACGUCAUCAGCCCCCCUCCCUCGGCGGCGGCGUCGCCCACGCGCGCGGGCGGCGGCAGCGGCAGCGGCGGCCCGGCCUCGCCGCUGCUGGCGGCGGGCGGCCAGUGCGACGACGGCUUCGGCGAGGGCGACAGCAUCCCGUACCACGCGCGCCAGGACUCGCGGCCCUUCACCUACGGCGCCAUCCCCGGCGGCGGCGGCAGCGCAGCCGGCAUGCUCGCCUCCCCCAGCCUCGUGCGCAAGGCCAGCUUCAAGGGCGGCGGCGGCGGCGGCGGCGGCUCCCUGUCGGCCCCCGGCACCGCCUCCACGACGCCGACCGCCGCCGCGCCCCCGGGGAUGGUGGCGUCGUCGCCGGCGCCCGUGUCGCCCCCGGACAGCCUGUCCACGUCGGCCGCGUGGGACUACCGCUACAGCAACGGCGGCAGCAGCAGUAGCACGACGUCUCCGCGCUCGCCAGAGUUCCACGACGGCACGGUGGUGGGCAGCGGCAGCCUGACGUGGCUGCAGCGACAGCAGCAGAAGCUCCGGGAGCGGCGCGAGGGCCAGCGGCCGGCCCACGAGGCGCGCCUGCUCAACGAGCUGCGCAUCGUCCAGCACCGCACCACCACCACCACCAGCACCGCCACCGCCAGCUCCAGCGACGCCGGCUACACCAGCGACCAUGCCGACCUCUGCACCCCGCUGCACAUCAACACUGCCGGCUCGCAGGCAGGGUCCCCAAGCGGUGGUGCACCUGCCCCCGGGCCGCUGCCCCAACAUCAGCAGCAGCACCAGCCACCCCCACAGAAGAGUGGAGGCAGUGCUCCUGCGUCACCACUGCUGCCUUCCAGGGCGUCAUCGCGCCGCCUGCACACCGCCGCUACUGGCUACAGCACCCUCGGCCGCCAGAAGUCCGACUCUUCUUUCGACCGCGAAAGGCCCUUCGUCGCAGUGAAGCGGGCUCACGAACAGACGCGGAAGUACACUUCAGAUACAACACAGAGUUCACCUAUGUCUCCACCCCACGAGCUUAUCAUAACCAGGCAGCGAGCGGAGUCAGAUUCAUCUGGACUGCUGACGACUGUGGACGGCCCAGGAAGUCGUGAAGUUCUUGUACAUCACCAGCAGCCACAACAGCAGCAGCACUCAGUGGGUAGUUCUGCAAACAACCAGGACCACUUGGCGGGUCUCAUAGCAUCACUAUCACUUGCUGGUGCUACAACCCCUCACACUAAUACCUGCACUUCUGCUUGGCACACGCAGAUGAGAGAAGAAAGCUUCUCUUCAUGGAGGACAACAUCAGUCAGUGAUGAGCCAGGCAGCCCCACUCAUUCAAGCAGCCCAAGGCCACAAACACCAGCAUUUCCUGUGCAUCCUCGUACACCGUAUGUUAACAACAGUUCACAGCAGUUUGAGAUGGCCUCCACAGCACCUGGCUUGCCUCCCAAGAGUCCAACUACACAGCGACGUUUGAGUUAUUCGGGAUCAUUUAAAAACCUGCGAAAGUGGCCUUCCAGUUCUUCUGUAUCUAGCAAGGACCGUUCUCCUUCGCCAGUGUCUGACCAUUCACAGACAGUGCACCAGCAGAACAUCAGCAUGAUAAGUAAUUCCAGCAGUGGUGUGAGCAGCAGCAGUCGCAUAAUCAAUGCUUAUCAAACAACACCACAUUCAUCUGGAUUUGUCUCUGAUGGAUACCUGCAGCAGAGCCCAAAAAAUUCUGCUGUUCUUAAUGGAAGCACUGGCCAGUCUUCACCCACUGUUUAUUAUGGCCAUUCAAGGAGAUCAUCACUGCAUUCAAACAGUGAACCACCACAGGAUGUAUCUCCAGCACAUGUUAAAUUUGUUAGAGAUACAUCACGUUUUUGGUACAAGCCUACCAUCUCCAGGGAAGAAGCUAUUAACAUGUUAAAAGACCAGCCUCCAGGAACUUUUGUUGUACGUGAUUCCAAUUCAUUCCCUGGUGCCUUUGGACUGGCUUUGAAAGUUGCUACACCUCCACCUAAUGUACAAGGAAAGAGUUCCUCAUCAGGUGAUCCUGCUAGUGAAUUGGUGCGACACUUCCUCAUUGAACCAACAUCUCGUGGAGUGAGACUCAAAGGAUGUAGCAAUGAACCUGUUUUCAGUUCACUUUCAGCACUGGUUUACCAGCACUCUCUUAUGCCUAUGGCUUUACCAUGCCGUCUGUUGUUGCCAGAGGGUGAUGGCUCAAGACUUACUGCUGAGAGUCCUGGAGCAGUUAGCAAUGCACAACUACUUUUAGCACAGGGUGCAGCUUGCAAUGUACUGUACCUGUUUUCGAUGGAUACAGAAUCACUAACAGGCCCUCAAGCAAUCAAAAAGACAGUACAACAACUUUUCACAAUGCAGCCUCUGCCACUGGCAACAGUUGUGCAUUUUAAAGUUUCUGGUCAAGGAAUUACACUGACAGAUAACAAGAGGCAGUUGUUCUUCAGGAGACAUUACCCAGUAAAUACUAUCUCGUACUGUGGCUUGGAUCCUGAUGACCACCGAUGGAGUCAAAAGAGUGAGGAGACAGGCAUGCCCAUCAGCUCCAAUCGAUGUUUUGGGUUUGUGGCACGUAAACAAGCAAGUAAAACAGAUAAUCAGUGCCACAUUUUUGCUGAACUGGAACCAGAACAACCAGCAUCUGCUAUCGUUAACUUUGUGUCAAAAGUAAUGAUGAAUUGUGGAAAUAUGAAAGCUAAUAUUGUGUGAUCAGUUUGAACAGAAUGUAUUUUUGAUUUUAUGUAAAGAACAGAAGAAAGAGUUCAACAUAAUCAUGUGCUCAGAUGCUGUGGAUUCAUACGCCUGAAGUUUGGAAACUUUGCAAUGAACACGCUGAUCCUACUGUCCUAUUACUUGAAACAGACUAAAGUGAAAUGAUACUGGAAGAGUAUAAGAAACAGUGACAUUUCCAGAACUAUGUAGGAUUUAAGAUGCUGCAUCAGUAGGAAGUAGUGAAACAGAUCUGCAAUACACAAAGAGUAUCACGUUUUGCUUCUCAAUCAGAGUGUUUUCAGGACUUUUUCACACUUUUAAAAGCAUAACAAGUUUAACAUAAUUUAUCCAUUUAGAAACAGUGAAAUGUAACCAAAAAACAUGAUUAUCUGAUGAUGAAAAACUCAACAAGGCAACACAAAGGAAAAUUUCUAUAUUAAUAGUGCAUCUUACUUCAUGUGACAUUUGAACACCAUAUUUUAUACAACAUAUCAGUGAAGAGAACAUAAAAUGUUUUCGGUAGAUUAUUUAAGCAUGUGUAUAAUCUGUUAAUAUGUAUAUACAUAUACUACCAAUUUUAAGAAAGUUGUUUUAUGAUUAAAAAUAUGAGUGACCUCAUUUGUGAACAUGAAAUUAAAAUAUUGUAGAUGAGUUGCAGCUUAAGAGAACUUCUUGCCAAACAUACAUAUAGAUAUGUAUUUAAUGCAGUAUAUCUUAUAAUAGAAAGCUGUUACAAUAUUUAUCGUUACUUUACCCUGCUUAGCAUACAGUAAUUGUAAAUGUUAGUACAUGUAAAUAACAUCUGAGUUGGUGCAUAAAGUAUACUUACACUAACAUGAGUCUAGUUGUAAAUAACACUCAUUUGUUUCCAUAAAAUUCCACAAAUAUGAGAUGUUUUUACAUUGUUUAAAUAGGAAUGUAUUUUUAAAUGUAAGUAUAUAAUUUAGUGGGUUUUUCCCCCAAUCAAUUUAUUUUUGCUGUGGAUGACAAAUAAUUUCACAUUUCUGGAACAGUACAAGCUAUAAUUCUUUUUAGUUUCUUUGUCAUGUUUGUUGUUGUUGUUGUUGUUCUGGUAUGUUUGGCUGAAUGAUGGAUUUGAAAUGAGAGCAUAAAACUGGCUUUGGAAAUUUAUGUUGCAUGGUUCUGAUCAUUAAAAAGUAUGCUGGGUUUAUAAACCACACAAAUGAAGUUGCCUUAGAGAUGAUGAUUAAAUUGUUUCACUAGGAAAAUGUGGAACUACUAUUAAAUGUUAACACCAAUAAUUUUAUUUUUUAUAUAGAGUAUCUAACAAAUGGCAGAUUAUUGCUAACACUGUUGUCAUUUAUAUGUUGUUUACAAUAAUUUGUACUGCUACAUAAUUGUACUAAAGAACUUGUGUAGCAGUAACAUCUAAUGCAGUAGCUCCACAAAGAGCCAGGUUCAUAAAUUUAUCUCAAUAUUAUAUUGUCUUUGUCCACUGUUAUAUCCAGUGAUAGCAUGACAAUAGUGCGAUAUGAUGAAAUGGAUAGAUGUUUAAUCUUCCUUGGAUUUUAACUAAUGGUUAAACAAAAAAAUUAAAAAUGUAAAUGCAGAAUGCAUGGAAUGUUACACACAUUAUGUUAAAAUGUUUUUUUUUCUGUUACUGAUUUCUGAAAAUAUGAAUGAAGCUAGGCAUCAGUUAUAUAAUGAUGUGAUCAUAACAUGGAACAAUUCUUUUUUAAGAAACAAAAUUGCAUUGCUUUCCCUUUAUAACUGUUCCUCAUGUAUAAAAUAAAUGCUGUUAAUGCUUUGAA